UGUUUCAAAGCAAAUGCACAAACUCAGUGUCGCAGAGCCUUGAAUAAUUUGGUGAUAAGAUACUUCACAAUAAUCACCGUUAUUGAUUUUGUACUCUACAGCAAAGGCAUAGGAGCAAUGGAAGAGCCCACCUGCCAUGUCCAAGCAGGUGUUAUGCUGGAGGAUCUGAGCAAAUUAGUCACUUGGGCUCACUCUCAUGGCUCCCACUGUCCCCACAAGCUUUCGCAUAAGGGGAAACUCAACCAUGGGGUUGGGCAUCAGUGCAAAGUUAAUUGGAGAUGUGAGGUUGGACAUGCCUUCGACUGGGCCUUGACACUUGCCACAGAGGUGAAAGUUGAGGAGGAAAAGACAGAGGAGGAGGUGGAUGUAGGUCAUAUGAGCAAGAGGAGGAGAAUACAACGCCUGUCCUCGGAUGAGGAAGAGGAAGGGGAGAUGGGAUAUGUCCCAUUCAUUGGGAAUAUUACUGAUGAAAAUGGGGUUGAAUCCGACGUGAGCCACUGUAGCCUUGUGACCCACGUGUCAGGAGAGGGAGGAGAUGCCCCAGUGAGAAAGCUAGAAGAGGCCUUGACUGGAAACAAAGCCAGGAAGUCCAAGCAGCAGAGAACUGUGAAACAACCUUUCUUUCCUAGGAGGAUUGUUCAAGAGGACCCCAAAGGCAAUAUCCACAUGGAUGUUAGGGUGGAGCUGGAGCAAAAGAACAAGGAGUCAAAUCAAGAGGGAAGGGGCAUUGAGAAGAGGACAGUUCGAAAGGAGGAAAGCCCAGGCCCAAAUGAAAACCUCAUUACAGCUCUUGACAUCACCCCUCUCCCGAGCUGCCUUUCAGACAUUGAGAGCGCCCCAGAAGAUGUGGAGUGGUCGACUCCUAAGGGUGGACAGGGUUCCCUCUCCCCUCCUAAACCUAAGCCCCUAUUCCAGGGCCAGGGUGAAACCCACAGGCAGGGCUCCUGUAGUGCUGCCCUCUUCCCACUUACACCUCAGAGAUCAGGUGCGGCUGCAGGGCACUCUCCCCCUAAUAAAGGCAAGGUGAAAGCAGCAACCAAGAAACCAGCAGAGAAAAGGGGGCCAAAGAAAGCAGAGGCCCGCCUGGGCAAUCUCAUGACCUUUGUCAUGUGGCUAAACUCUCAAAACCAUCCGGGGGCGCGUUGUCCAGGCAGCCUUCCUGUCGCCGAGCUGGACAGGUUAUUGGUCGCCUUCUUCCAGUACGUGUGGGAGGAGUCCCGCCUGCAGGCCCUGAGCAGCAGCACUCUCACAACUUACGCCCGUAUGCUGGACCGUGAUCUGCAGAACCAGGGCUGCAGCUUCAGUAUCCGGAAGUCAGCCGAGUUCACAAACACCAUUAGGGAACUGGAUAGCUGCUGCCAGCACUUGAGGCAGAGGGAGUGGGACAGAGACAUCCUGGUGAUCCAGAGCUUGAGGAGAGAAGAGGAGGCUGCACUGAGGCAGGCAGGGGUCCUGUCUAGGGCCACACCGGAUGGGCUGCUCAACCUGGUCCUGUUCAACAACCUCAAGGCCUUUGGGAAGUUCCACCUGGAGGGAGUCUGGCCCGGGCGCAUCUCCGACUUCCACACGGCCAUGGAGACCCACCCAGGGACGGGCAACGGGGAAAAACUAGAAUACCUGGAAUGGAACAAUACUCAUUUCCCAGACCAGAGCCCCGUACGGAUGCACGGCCUGGCCGACGAUCCGGAAUGCUGCCCCCUGCGGGACUACAAGCUCUAUGUAUCCAAGCGCGUUGGAAGCCGCCUGAUCGCCACUGAUGCAAUGUACUGUUGCCCACUGAGCCGCUAUAGGCCCUGGGAUGAUUACUGGUUCAGCCGCCAUGCCAUGCCCAAACCUCGCCUGGAAAAGAUGAUCACGGCUCUGAGCCACCAUAUCCUCUCCGUUCGUAAUAGGAGGGCAGCAGCCGUAUAUUAGUUAGCAGGUCCUAAUAGAAGAACAUUGAUUGUAUUUUAACUGUAUACUGCAUGUGCAUACAUAAAUUCAAAGUGUGAUAUCCUAGCAUGACAUGUGUCAUUUAAUUACACCAUUGAAAGUUAUGUAUGCUAUGUUAUUGUUGAAAUGCUCAUAAAUAGUAUUAAAAACAAUUUACCUUA